AUGGCUGGAGGACGAAGCUAGCUGCUGGGCUGAUAUAAACAUCCACCGACAGGAGCCAGGAGCCGGAGCGACGACAGCGCUGCUCGUUACCGCUGCGGAUGUAGAAGUCCAUCCUCCGAUUUACUGCAAAGAUGACGAGCCAGCGGCGCAGGAUCCACCUGGACCAAUCAGACCUGCUUUGCAAGAAUGGAUGUGGUUUUUACGGCAACAACGCUUGGCAGGGCCUGUGCUCAACGUGCUGGCGAGAGGAAAACCAGCAAGAAAAGCAAAAGCAGAUUAAAGAGGACUGGGAACUUGCUGAGAAGCUUCAGAGAGAGGAGGAGAAGGCAUAUGCGAGCAAACAACCAAAGGCAGAGUCACAGCCUGCCAUCACACCCUUCAGCAAGUUUGAAGAAAGAAAAACAAAGGAAAAGUCCAGCAAAGUUAACACCGUCACAAAGUUUUUUAUUCCUUCCACCAAAACAUCAGCGAAAAAAGAUGCUGCUCCUUUCGACUCACACUCCAGCCCCAGUCCGAGCACCUCCUCAAGCCGACGCUCCUCUGUGGACAGUGACCUCUCAAUGCGAGAGCUCAUUGAUUUUCUCAAGCCCAUGAAGUCUGGCAGGGAGAUCUUCAAACAGUGCCGGGCCUUCACUGAGAGCAUGGUCUAUAAGCGGAACAUGGGUGCUGAUGAGCUGUCAGAGUGUGUGCAGGACUUCUACCAGAACCUCUCAGAUCGCCUCCAGACUCAAUUCAAAGGCUCGUCAGACCAGGUACAGAGUGUUAUGGAUGAAGUAGAGAAGUACGUGAUGACUCGUCUCUACAAGGAAGUGUUCUGUCCUGAAACCACAGAUGAUGAGAAAAAGGAUCUGGCCAUUCAGAAGAGAAUCAGAGACUUGCACUGGGUCACCAUUGAGAUGCUGUGCUCUCCAGUGGAUGAGGAGAUCCCUGUGGUUUCUGACAAUGUAGUCAAAGCCAUCACAGAUUUGAUCGAAAUUGACUCGAAGCGCGUGCCCAACGACAAACUGCGAUGCAUGACCAGCUGCAGCAAGCACAUCUUCAACGCCAUCAAAGCCAGCACGAACGAGGCUGCGUCUGCGGACGACUUCCUCCCGACGCUCAUCUACAUCGUUCUAAAAGCAAAUCCUCCACGACUUCAGUCCAACAUCCAGUACAUCAACCGCUUCUGCAACCCCAGGAAGCUCAUGACCGGAGAGGAUGGUUACUACUACACUAAUCUGUGCUGUGCGGUGGCCUUCAUUGAGAAGCUGGACGGUCAGUCUCUGAACCUGAGCUCUGAGCAGUUUGAUCUCUACAUGUCGGGCCAGGCGUCCCCCCACUGGCCAAAUACCAACGGAGCUUCCUCCUCCUCACCCUCAUCAGGCAGCGCAGCUCUCAGUCAGGUCCAUAACCGACUAGACCUGCUAACAGGGCUCGGGGAAAGGCAGGAGCGCGUCAUGGAGAAGGCUCGCCAACUGAAGAGCGACCUAAUCGACUGGACAGAUGACGUGGAGCAGAAGGUGCAGUGCGCUCUGGAGAUCUUCCCACCAGAGACGGAAAACCUCCCUGCAGCCCCAGCGAGCGGCUCUGCAGCACAGUCAGCAAUUGACUCUGAUAACAUUGAGAACGAGCUCCUGCCUCCGCCACUGCAGCCGCAGGUGGUUGACGUGUAGAUAUCUGCUCAAAAAAAAAUAAUCGAGAGGCUUUACUCCAUCCCCCACCCCCCAACCCA